GGUGGUAAAAAAAAAAAAAAAAAGGCUCUGCUUUUUUUUAUUGCGUCUCUACUCUCUGAUUUGCUUCAUCCUCUGCCCUCUACCCUCGCCGGAGUUGAGGAGAUUUGUCCGGAGCAGACAGAAAUCUAGAGCUUUUCCGGUUAUCAGGGAUUCCAUGGACUGGUCUCGUAGCAGCAACAACUAUAAUCAUACCUUCAAGUCGAGCCCCUUACAGUUUGCUAGCAAAGCUCAUGAGCAGAUUGGCAAGGGGAAGGGCAAGGGUGCCGGGAUGGCAUCCGAUUCCUCCGAUGCAGCCAAAUCUGGAAGCAGGGCAGCAGUGGAGUCUGGGAAGAAGCAAUUUUCUAAGGCUAAAAUUGAGGCAGUUAACAACAGGAAGAAGGACUGGGAACCUGAAGAUGAUGGAAUUGAUACAAGUACAGGAUGUGAUCUCAGAAAUCCAAGGAAGAGGUUGCCUGUGUUUGAGAAAAUUUGUCCUGAAAAACACCCCGUCUCCGUUACAAUCUCUGUUGAUAGAGAAAAGCUUUAACUAAUUUCAGUCAACUGGAUGGCUACCAAUUGAUUUACAAAACACAUGUAACAUAAGUGGAAAAUUCCUACAUCUAACAACUAAAAAAAUUGACUUUUCCACUUAUUAGCAAUUGGAUAUUAAAGUAUAUUUGUACUU